GACGGGGAGCUGCGGCGCGGCCCGUUGCCGUGGUGACACUGACCGUGAGCCCGUGGCCCGGCCGUUACCAUGGUGCCGAAGGCCGCGGCCUGGCCCGUUGCCGCCCUCACGGCCUAGGCGUCCCGGCGAUGGCGGGCUCCGAAUAUUUGGAUCUGAUGCGCGGCCUCCCGUCCCUCGACUUCGAGGCGUCGCUGAGCCAGGAAGAAAACACCUUUGGCAAAAGGGCGAGGGUGCGCGCUUGGGCACGGAUCAUCUGCGGGUGCGCGCACGCCGCCUUCUUCUGCCGCCUGCUCACGGCCGUCAGAUGCAAGGUGCUGGAUAACUCCUGCUUCCCCCAUUCCUGGUUGGCCAAAUUCAAGAUACUUAGAUCCAACAGUGGUUGUCUGCGUAUUGGUGUCCUGGGAAGCGGCCACAUGGGCAAGCAGUUGGUGCAGGUGCUGAUGCAGCAUGCACAAGUGGCCCCAAAGCACAUCACCAUCUCCAGCAGGCGACAGGACACCUACGAUGAGCUGAUGUAUCUGGGACUCCAGUAUACCGAUGACAACCAGAAACUGGCCGCAUCUGUUGACGUGUUAUUUCUCUGCUGUCAGCCGUUUCAACUAACGUUGAUUUCCUCCCAGAUCCGGGGCCACCUCGCAAAGACCUGCGUCGUAUACAGUCUGGUCACGGCAGUCCCUUCACGGAGGCUCCAGAAUCUCCUGGGGCACAGCAAUAUAUUGAAGCCGCAGUAUAACGUCCCAGGAAUCGCCUGGACUAAAUUGUGGGAAAGGAGUAAAAAUAUUGUUGACGGUCUGCUUGCUCAGGAUGUGAUCGAACACAGCUGUCCAUUUAAACAGUCAUAUCAGAAUUGUGUGAAGCCAAAGUGGUUUGAGGAGGUUCUGUAUUCUGUCCUGAAUCUGUGCCACUUUCUGCAAGUGCCCCACCUGAGCUCAGUGGAGAUUAUCAAUGAUCUGCUAUUUGGUGCCACGCACGGCAUGGAAGCUUUUGACUAUCCAGAGAUGUUUGUGUGUGAAAGCUUUGUGAAUGAAUCGUGUGCAGAUUCACUGUCACGUGAAAGCUCUUUCCCCUGGUUCGAGUUGUCGACCGUAUCUCUGCAGGAUACACCCCUCACUAAAUUCUUCAUCAAGCGCCCACGAUUGCGGCAGCAUCUCAGCUUUGUGUACCGCAUGACCAUGUUAAGGACACAAAAUCCACCUGAUGACAGAGAAUGCUGUGGAGACUGACCUCGCCAGGAAAGAAGCACGACAGGUGCACUGGCAGCUUGAUGCUACUGUUGCUGUAUACUUACAUCAAAACGGUAACUGUACAACUAUAAAGAUAUUAUAGAACAACUGG